ACCAAACCACAAGUUCUGAAACUGGCAGUGUUCAUCCUCACAGCAGCGUAGUACACCGAACGCUAGCAAGAAUGGCAACUAAGUCCAUCACGUCCACGGCAUGGCCAUGGCUGCUGCUUCUCUCGGCGCUAGCCGCGGUACUGGCACACGUCGACGGUGCAACCGGCGGCAGCGUGGCCGCACCGGCGCCGGCCGUGGACUGCAGUGACGCCCUGAUCAGCCUGGUGGGCUGCCUGAGCUACGUGCAGGAGGGGAGCACGGUGGCGACGCCGGAGAAGUCGUGCUGCUCGGGGCUCAAGGACGUGGUCAAGAAGGAGGUGGCCUGCCUCUGCCAGGCAUUCCAGGGCGGCCAGGACUACGGCGUCGCCCUCAACAUGACCAAGGCACUGCAGCUGCCCGCCGCAUGCAUGGUCAAGACGCCUCCCUUUAGCAAGUGCCACAUUUCCAUUCCUGGCGGGGCUCCAGCACCUGCACCGUCUUCUGGGGCACCCUUCUUCGGGGGAUCGCCGUCGUCUUCGACGGCACCUUCAGCAACAUCACCGGCCGGAACUGGAAGCGACUCCACCGCUCGAGCUCCGUCCCCAUCAGCUUCCGCUGCAUCCACCUUCCCCGCUUCGGCAAACGUCCUCCUAGCCGCAGCAACUGUUGCUGCGACUCUGCUCGUGUAAGCUGGGCGCGCCUGUAAUUCUGUAAACCUGUUGGCGCGACCAUUUCUGCUAUACCUGCC